CCGCCCCCUCUGAAAGUACGGGAUGUGAGAAGCCGGCAAACAUGGCUGCCCCCUGCUUCCUCACCUUACCUGUGGCUACUCUGGCCGUCUUGGCGCUCUCGUCUCUCGGCAGCUCCUCCUCUAGUCACAUCGAGGAUCAAGCAGAACAGUUCUUUAGAAGUGGACACACAAACAACUGGGCUGUCUUGGUGUGCACAUCCCGAUUCUGGUUCAAUUACCGACAUGUUGCAAAUACUCUUUCUGUUUAUAGAAGUGUCAAGAGGCUCGGUAUUCCUGACAGUCACAUUGUCCUGAUGCUUGCUGAUGAUAUGGCGUGCAAUGCUCGGAACCCCAAGCCAGCCACCGUGUUCAGCCACAAGAACAUGGAGCUCAACGUGUACGGGGACGACGUGGAGGUGGACUACAGAAGCUACGAGGUAACCGUAGAGAACUUUUUAAGGACAUUAACCGGCAGGGUUCCGCCCAGCACCCCUCGGUCAAAGCGUCUUCUUUCUGAUGACAGAAGCAACAUCCUCAUUUACAUGACAGGUCACGGAGGAAAUGGUUUCUUGAAAUUCCAGGAUUCUGAGGAAAUCACCAACAUAGAGCUUGCAGAUGCUUUUGAACAGAUGUGGCAGAAAAGACGCUACAAUGAACUGCUGUUUAUUAUUGACACCUGCCAAGGCGCAUCCAUGUAUGAGCGGUUUUAUUCUCCUAACAUCAUGGCCUUGGCCAGCAGCCAAGUGGGAGAAGACUCACUGUCACAUCAACCAGACCCUGCGAUUGGUGUACAUCUUAUGGACAGAUAUACAUUUUAUGUCUUGGAAUUUUUGGAAGAGAUUAAUCCAGCUAGCCAAACUAACAUGAAUGACCUUUUUCAAGUAUGUCCCAAGAGUCUCUGUGUGUCUACCCCUGGACAUCGUACUGACCUUUUUCAGCGAGAUCCUAAAAAUGUUCUGAUAACUGAUUUCUUCGGAAGUGUGAGGAAAGUGGAAAUCACAACAGAGACUAUCAGUUUGCAGCGGGAUCCACAAGUCCUAGAGAGCAGUCCUAAGGAAGACGUGAUGGCCGAGGAGCUCACGGAACCUCUCAAGUAUGCUGAGCAGCUGCCGGUGGCUCAAAUAAUACACCAGAAACCAAAGCUGAAAGACUGGCACCCUCCUGGCGGCUUCAUCCUGGGGCUGUGGGCGCUCAUCAUCAUGGUGUUCUUCAAGACCUACGGAAUCAAGCACAUGAAGCAUGUUUUCUAGACUCGAGGGUGGAUGAAGAAGAGGGAAGGAAGAUUGCAACCUUGGAUAAAAGCUUAGGUUUUUAUAUGUAUUUAAAUAUGUUGUUUUUGUGUAAAAUUGGAAGG